GCGCCGCUUCACGUACUCUGGGAACUUUGUCCCUCAGAGACACCCAGGUCUGGAGGUCUGCCCCGCGAGAUUGACAAGCCGCCCAUGCUCUCCGCCUCUAGAAGGGCUCUUCAGAUUCUCUCCAGCACCAUUCCGGUACGGAGGAUGGGCGACCCAGUUUCGAAAGUCAUCCGCGCGGAGGAAGCCUUGCCUGGACGCACCAAGCCGAUCUCCGUAGCAGCCAAACACCAUGUCAGUGGCAACAGAACGGUUGAACCUUUCCCAGAGGGAACACAGAUGGCUGUAUUUGGAAUGGGCUGCUUCUGGGGAGCUGAGCGCAAGUUCUGGCUCUUAAAAGGAGUGUAUUCAACCCAAGUGGGUUUUGCAGGAGGCUACACACGCAAUCCUACUUACAAAGAGGUCUGCUCAGAAAAAACUGGCCACGCAGAAGUCGUCCGGGUUGUGUACCAGCCAGAGCACAUCAGCUUUGAGGAACUGCUCAAGGUCUUCUGGGAGAAUCACGACCCGACCCAAGGCAUGCGCCAAGGCAACGACUAUGGCACACAGUACCGGUCAGCAGUCUAUCCUACCUCUGCCACACAGAUGGAAGCAGCCCUGAGAUCCAAGGAGGAAUACCAGAAGGUUCUUUCAAAGCAUGGCUUUGGCCCCAUCACCACCGACAUCCGAGAGGGACAAGUGUUCUACUAUGCUGAAGACUACCACCAGCAAUACCUGAGCAAGAACCCAGACGGCUACUGUGGCCUCGGGGGUACUGGGGUUUCCUGUCCGACAGCCAUUAAAAAAUAACUUCUUUCCAGGAAAGCUGGCCCUGGAGGUUCCAUCAAAACCAUGAUUGCUGGAUGGAGCAGCACCACUGUGAUUCACGCCUGUCACUUUAUGAAGAGCACACACCACAUGGGUGUUUACCUGAAUCUGGUUGUUAUUGGGGUUUGAUUUACAGAAAGUAGGAUGACAAGGUGAUACAUUGUAAUUUGUCCUCUGAUCAGUCCGGGUGGGGAUAGAACAUGACAUUUUAGUGGAUCGUUUGGGGUCUAAAUGGAGAUCAGGAAUAUCCUGUAUCCAUCUGCUCAGGCUAGAAGAGAUGCUGAUGGUUCUGAAACAGGGAUGGCCAGGAGAGCACAGGGCUCUGGGACUCCUUGGUCUAUGCUGACACCUCACCUACUUCCCUGCCCUCAGGUGCCUAAUUCAUUAGUGUCUACAGGGUCCAUGAAUCAUUUGCCAAAACGCUUUGCUCUGCUGAUUCUAGGCGUGUAUUAGGGCUUCUCUCCCCUCUCCAUCCUCUUUGUGCAGAGAAAAGACAUGAGUGACCUUAAUGCAUUCUAACAUUCUGCUUACAGCUAUGAUAAAGCUUGUUCUAAUAAAAAUCUACAGUUUGUUAAUCACAA